AUGAGCAAUUCUUCUGGUACGAAACGUCGUCGCGGAACUUCUGUAGUUCUCGCUCAAGAAACUACAACCUCUACUACAACGCCUUCUCGGGCUUCCCCUCGAGCCACUUCUUCUCGAGUCAUUCCUCAAAGAACUAUUGUUACUCCUCCUGUUGCUAAUAAGGGGAAAACAAAGGUCGUAGUCAGUAAUAGCUCUGCUUCUUCUUCUACUAGUAAAGGAAAAGGAAAAAGGAAGGCUGUAAAUGAUGAUAGGAAAGAAAAGGCUAUAGACAACAAUAGUUCAACUUCUUCUAAUAAUAAAGGCAAAAGGAAAGCCGAAGAUAGUGGCGAAGAAAAUUCAAGUUCGAAAAAGACAAAGAUCGAAGAUAGUAGCGAAGGAACUUCUUCAAAACCAAAAAAGAAAAAGAAGGAAAAGAAGGCCCGUAAUAAAGUCAAGGAAAAACGACAGGCACGCGUUCGAACCAUCUGUUCAAAAAAAAUCAAGGACCGUAUUAACCGUGCCAGUUCUCAGCGUAUGUAUUUGAUCGACAGAAAAGAAGUAGAGGAUUUAAAAAAAGAAUUUACUGUUUUAGGAUCAACUGGCAAUGUCUAUACCGUUACUAUUACUCACAUUCCCAAUUGUACUUGCCCAGAUUAUCAAGGAGUCUUACGUGUUAACCCAAAUAGCCAACUCAUUUAUCAAAGAGCGCUCAUAUCCAAGGAACUUAAAGUGAUAUUCUCAAGAGCUCCCGAUCUCGGAACUUUGGCAAGCUAUAGGGUUCGUUCGUUAUAUCAUGUGAUUUCUAAGGGAAGAAACGGAUCUGAAGGUGGCGUAAGACGUCGUCUUAUUGAAGGAGAUUGUCCAAUCUGUUGCGAUCCUUUGAGACCCGAACACAAGGAUCAGAUCGUCUGGUGUCAAAAUGGUUGUGGAAACAAUAUUCAUAAAGAAUGCUUUGAUCAAUGGAAGGGAUCGAGAAUUUAUACAAGGGUUACUUGUGUUUAUUGUCGUGUGGAAUGGCACGAACAUGUAUUGGAAAGAUACACAGAAGACGGAUACCUCAAUCUCGGUCAAUUUCAAGCAGGCCUAGGUACAGGCUCAGGCGGUGUAGGCACGCCAAGAACUAGUAGAGCGGCGGCAGCAGCAGGAUCGAGUUCGACCCCCGCAUCUACAUAA